GCCUUCCACCCCCCGAGCCGCCCUCCUCUCCCCUGCCUCCCCUCCCUCCCCUGUUCUCGCGGAAGGAUUCAAAUCAUCCCCCGCACCGCCGCCGCCUCCGCGCUCGCUCGCUCGGCGUCACAGCCCUAGCCUAGCCGCCGCCGCCACCACCACACCCAAUUUCCCCUCGCCGCCCCGAGGGGGGAACCCUAAAUAAACCCCACCGCCGCCGCCAAUUUCCGCGGCGGCGAUGGACUUCUACUCGGACGACUCGGACCCGGACAUCGACGAGGACCUGCGGGAGGACCUCGACGCGCUGCGCCGCUCCUGCAUCCUGUCCGGGGCCGACCCGGACGCCGCGGUCGCGCAGGUCUCCUCCGGCCUCGCCGGGCCCUCCACCCCCGCCCUCGCCGCGGCAACGACGACCGCGGCGGCGGGUAGCAAUGGCUUCUCCUCGGACGACGACGACGAGGAGGAGGACGAGGACCUGGCCCUCGUCCGCGCCAUCCGCGAGAACCUCCACCGCCUCAAUAAUAAGGCCUCGCCGCCGCUCCCGGACGCCCCGGGGGGCGGCGGCGACCGACGACGAGUCGUCGCCGCGCCCGAUCUGCACGGUACUAAAUUCACAAUUCAGCUUGUGCAACGUCUCGGUUUUGAUUUACCUAAUGUAGGUACCUCCACUUCGUCACCGAAGGCCAUGAAACCUGAGGCGUCACAGGGAGUGCACGGUGAACUUUUCGUGGACAGGAAUGAUGACGAGUCUGCUGCACAGAAGCAGAAUGCAAAGGCUCAUAAUCGGACUGGGUUUCCAAAAGCCGCGCUAUUGUUAGUGGAUGCUCUCAAGAAGAACAGAGCAUGCCAGAAGUUAAUUAGAAGAAAAUUGAUAAACAUUGAAGCGAAAAUUGAAGAAAAUAAGGAUCUUAGGGAUCGCGUAAAAUGCCUUUUGGGUUAUCAAUUAAGCUGCAGAAGAUCAGCUGGCAGAUCUUUAUCCCAGAAGGAGGAUCCUCGUAUCAGAUUGAUUUCCUCUAGGAAACCAACUCAGCUUUCUGAAAAGAAUAAUAACAGAAAGAUGCCUGCACUAUUUCUUGGCCCAGCUGAGAAUCCCCGUGUUUCAAAGUAUAGAAUGGUACUGGAGCAAUUCCCGAUGUCAUUUAAGAAGCAGCCAUGGUCAGAUGCGGAGAAAGAUAAACUUGCCAGAGGAAUAAAGCAGCAAUAUCAAGAAACGUUGAUUUUAGACUCGCUGAAUAAUGGAAGUGCCAUUGGUGACUUCAGUGCUGUUGAUAUGGCAUAUGCACUGACAAAUGGUGUUGGUAAUUUUGAGGUGACUCCGGAGAGUCUUAGAUCUGUCCUACCAUUAAUAAACUGGGAUAAAAUUUCUGCUAUGUACCUGCCUGGUCGAUCUGGCGCUGAAUGCGAAUCGAGGUGGUUAAACUGUGAUGAUCCAUUGAUUAAUCUUGAGGCCUGGACUGCCCAGGAGGAAACAAAACUUCUACUUAUUGUUCAAGAAAAGGGACUGUACAACUGGAUUAACAUUGCAGCUACAUUGGGUACUUACCGGACUCCUUUCCAAUGUCUUGUUCGUUAUCAACGAAGUCUUAAUCCCCACAUAAUUAACAAGGCCUGGACAAAAGAGGAAGACCUUCAACUUCGAGCUGCUGUUCAUACCUUUGGUGAGAAGUGGCAACUUGUAUCAGCCAGCCUGGAUGGUCGCACUGGCAGUCAGUGCUCUAAUAGGUGGAGGAAAACCUUGCACCCUACAAGGACCAGAGUGGGAAGAUGGCAUCUGGAUGAGGACAAACGCCUCAUGGUUUCUGUCAAGCUAAUUGGAUCUGGCAGCUGGAGUAAGAUUGCUCCGUUUAUUCCUGGCCGCACACAAACGCAAUGCCACGAGAGGUGGUGUAAUAUUCUUGAUCCAAGUAUAGAUCUUGGGAAAUGGCGGCCUGAAGAAGAUACCAAGUUAUUGGCUGCAGUAUCUGAGUUUGGGCCUUGCUGGUCUAAGAUUGCUAUGAAUAUAAUUCCCGGCCGUAAUGAUAAUAUGUGCUCUAGACGAUGGAAUAAACUUUGUAAACAUCACCUGCCUGCAGUUAAAGCAGCCAUUCAACUAAAGAAAUCUGUUUUUCAAACCAAUUUUGUUGAUAGAGAAAAAGAGCGGCCUGCAAUUGCCCCCAGCGACCUAAUAUCACUUGUGCAAUCAAAAGGUGACGAAUCUGGUGAGAACACAAGAGAUAGAUCUAGAAAGCAAACCAAAGAAAACCUAGUUGCGUCCAAUAUUGUCAACAGUUCAGCUGCUCCUGAUUGUGUUGCUGCUAAUACUGUUUCAAACACCAGUUCAAGAAGACCAAGCAGAAAAUCAACAGGAAGAAGAUCGAAAAAGCAAAAUGAAGAGAAUGUUGCUGUGCCUGAUGGUCUCAACGAUUUAUCUAGCAGCCGUAGUAGAUCCAGGAAGAGGAAAUCUACUAGUGGCAGCAAUGCAGCUGUACAAAAGAGAAUGAGGGGAUCUAUCCCUGUGGGUAAUGAGGCUGUUCCAAUCGAAUUGAGGGGCACUGUUAGUGCUGAUAAUGAGGUAGGAACAAAUAGAAUAAUGGACCCUCUGUCUGUUGGUGUAGAGGGAGUAGUCAAAAAGAGAACCAGGGGUUCAAAACCAGCUGGCAAUAAUGCAGCUUCACAGAAGAGAAUGAGGGGUUCCAUCCCUGUAGGUAAUGAGGCUGUUCCAAUUGAAGUCAGUGCUAAUGAUGAGGUAGGAACAAAUAGAAUGAUGGACCCAGCGUCUGUCGGUGAGGAGGGGGUAGUCAAAAAGAGAACGAGGCGUUCGAAACCUGCUGGCAGUGAGGGGGCUGCCAGAAAGAGGAGGUGCACUAUCAGUGCUGAUAAUGAGGCAGGAACGAAUACGAGGGACCCUGUCUCUGGUGAAGAGGAAGUAGUAAAAAAGAGAAAGAGGCGCUCAAAACCUGUUGGCAAUGAGGGGGCUGCCAGAAAAAGGAUGAGGGGCUCUGUCUCUGUUGGUGAUGAAGGCGUAGUCGAAAAGAGGACGGGUUCUGUCGCCACUGAAAAUCAUGGCGAUGUCACGAAAAGGAAGAGAGCACCAUCAAGGAGGAAAUCGGCUGAAGAUAAUUUGACAACAGAGGGUCCGGCGAAUGCUACCCCUGAGUUGGGCCUUCCUAGUGCACCUUCUGAAGAAAGAGUUGUUGAUGCUGGAAAUAUGGAUAAAGGGAAAAGAAAGUCAACCCCAAGACCCAAGCAUAUAAACAUCGAAGGGGAUGCUGAUAAACACUCCCCAUCUGCACGACUUGCCAAUUGCCUGUCGUUUGCCCGUAUGAAAGGAAUCAACAGGAACAAAAGAUGAUUGAUGUUGAGAUGUAAUGUUGACGAGAAUUGCUGCACUGCAAAGAUGUUAAUGUGACAAUUUGAAAGCAAUGCCUGAAAGGGUCUAGUUUCACCAGUGAAGUUGAUUUUUUCCUCUGGAGAUUAGUCAGUGCAGGUGGAAUGUCCAAAGGAUGGUGCCGAACAAGCUGGAGUAUCAUUAGGCACAGUGCCUUGUGCGCAGCAGAUUUCCUUCCGCAAGGAGUCUUGUUCAAACAGAACCAAUGGCCCCUGGAUGUGAUCAGUCGAUGCCAAACUGGUAUUUCAUACACAGUUAGUUGUAACUUGUAAGUGCUUGCAAAGAGUGUCACAUAAGCUUGGCUUGAACUUGACAUACCAUUUGAUACAUGCUAGUUGCAACUGAAUUUCAUUACCGUACGACUUUGUGGUUGGAGACCCGGCAAGUCGUUCCAGUUGGUAAUCGACGUUUAGUGCGUUAAUUGCGGCUCA